AUGGACAACUCUCAAGUCUUACCAGAACAGUCUCAGUCGACCAGCCCAGAAGGAUCGCCGCCGGAUCCCGAUAAACCCUACCACUCAAAACGACCUCACAAGAAGUCGCGUGCGGGAUGUCGCAAUUGUAAAACCCGUAAGGUCAAAUGCGAUGAGGCUCGUCCUGUGUGUAAAUCCUGCAGACUACGCAAGGCAGAUUGCGUAUACAUCACACCUGCAACCUCUACCACUUCCUCGGCAAAUGACAAAGUGAUCAGCAAUUCACGUCGCUCUUCUGCAGAAUCAUCGCCUAUUCACCAAAAAUCUCCUACGCCUGAUGCCGAGUCCAUUAGCGAGGACAUCCUUGAGGAGGUUAAUUCCCUGUCGGUACAGCCGCACUUCCGCCCUCGCCCCAUGGACAGGAUAGACAUGAAGCUACUCUGGUUCUACACCAGCACAACAGCCACGUCUUUCUCUGUUGACGAGGGACCGCUUAACCCCAUAAACGAUGUAUUGAGGAAUCGCCUAGUCCAGGUCGCUUUCGAGAAUCCGUUCCUCAUGGACUCGUUAUUCGGUCUGGCAAGCCUUCACAUGCAGAGCCUCGACUUGAAGCCCGACGCUGCCCGCGCAUUGGCAUACCGUGCUCGCUCAUUCGAAGGAUACCGUAUGGCCGUGGAACAAGCCCGCCCGGAGACAUUUCCAGCCCUGCUCGCGAAUUCCCUACUCCUUACUGCUCUUGCAUCCCAGAAUUUCCGAGAUGAAGAUGCCAAAAGGCUUUACAUAAUAGACUGGAUGAUCGUAUGGCGAGGUAUCGGCCUGGUCAUCGACCUGAUGGGCGUUGAAAGGCUUAUCGAUUCGGGACUCUACCCUCUCUUCAACCGACCUCCUAUUGAUAUCGAGCAAUCUUCAAAUCACAUCCCUGCUGUUCUUCUCCUGAUGAUCAACUCCAUCGAGCCUGGUGACCCAGAGUAUCUCGAGUACAAAACUUACUAUGAGACGCUUCAAUUUCUGGGCUCCCUGUAUCAAAAUCUGCACGAUGGCUUUGGACCUGUCAUGAUGUUGCGAAUCAUUACGUGGUUCACUUUCGUUCCAAAAAAGUUUGUGCAAUUCGUACGGGAGCUACGCCCCCGCGCUCUCAUAAUCCUGUCCUACUACGCCGCCUUUCUCAAGCUCCCAUCAGACGUCUGGUGGAUGGAGAAUAUCGGAAACCGGUCCCUACAGGAUCUUUGCGAGUUCAUUGGUCCAGAAUGGCAACAAUACCUUCUCGUCCCGCAUAUGGCACGUUUAGUGGAAGGACAGCACGAGGUAGCCAAGGUAUUGUACGAAGAUCCCAACUGGCAGCCCAGAGCGCCAAACAAUCUGCGACUAGAUCCCACGGCGACUGUUACACUCGUUGAUGAGACAGGGAGACGUGUUGAGUGGAUACCCGCUGAGAAGAGGCUUGUGCUUAUGGAUGAACGAGACCAAAUCACAUCCAAAACCAAGGCCACGGAGAAGUGGAAGAGAGAAAUGAACGCCAAUUUCUCACUUGACGAAUAG